GGGUUAGUUUUCUAACCGGGUUUUACGCGCUGAGUUUAAGAACAUUCGGACUCCGGAGACUGAACGAGUUGCAGAGAGCGCGAGCGAGAGAGAGAGCUUGAGAAGGAAGAAGGGAAGAACAAGCCCUUGUCUUGGAGGACUGAACUGUACCGAAUUCUCCCGAUUUAAUCGAUUCUUCUUUUCCCUCUGGCUCGGUGUGUUUAGCCUUUUUCUUGGUUUGAGACUCCCGCCGCUUCUUCUAGAUCUUGCAUUUCGAAUCUCUCAUCAUCUGGGCACGAUGGCUCACUCGGUGUAGCAUUGGGCUGCAUCUCUUUGUGAAUCUUUUGUGGGAUUUGAAGUUGUUUUUUAUUGAUUGAUGAUUUUUGGGGGGACAUACUUUGAUCUCAAACAAUUGCUGUUGGCUUUGGAGUUUGGUGUUUCCUUGGGAGGGAAUAAACUCUCUUCCACCACCGCCUCUGUUGCCGGCUGCAAAAAUAAUCAGUUGUUCUAUCUAUUUAAUGUCUCGUGAAUUGGACAGCCCUGUUCAGACUCAGAUGGCAGUGGCAAUCCUUAAGAGCCCACUAAGCGGGGAAUAUCAUGGAAGCUGGAGAAUGGAAGGGAACCAGCCUGCAAGGAGGAGACGGGUAUUUGUGCAAACUGAAACUGGAUGUGUUUUGGGGAUGGAAUUAGAUCGAGGUGAUAAUGUCCAUACCGUGAAGAGGAGGCUGCAGCUUGCUCUAAAUUUCCCUACCGAGGAAAGCUCACUCACUUUUGGGGAUACGGUGUUGAAGAAUGAUCUUAGUGCUGUUCGAAACGAUUCCCCUCUUCUUCUUACACGGAACCUUAUGCAUAGGAGCUCCUCAACCCCGUGUCUGUCACCCACUGGGAGGGAUAUGCAGCAGAGAGAUCGGAGUGGUCCUAUUGAGAUAUUAGGGCAGUUGACUCACUUUGCUAAAAUGAAACAGUUGGUCAAGGAAAUUGUGAAGGCGAUUAAGAUUGGGGUUGAGCCGGUUGUUGUUCAUGGUGGACUUGGUGGUGCGUAUUAUUUUAGGAAUAGCAGGGGUGAGAAUGUUGCGAUUGUGAAGCCUACAGAUGAAGAACCCUUUGCACCAAACAACCCAAAAGGCUUUGUUGGCAAAGCUCUUGGGCAACCGGGUUUGAAACGUUCAGUGAGGGUUGGGGAGACUGGCUUCAGAGAAGUUGCAGCUUACCUUCUUGACCAUGAUCACUUUGCAAAUGUGCCUCCCACUGCUCUUGUGAAGAUCACUCACUCAAUCUUCAAUGUAAAUGAUGGGGUGAACGGUUAUAAGCCUCACAAAAGAAAGCUGGUCAGCAAGAUUGCAUCUUUCCAACAGUUCAUCUCGCAUGAUUUUGAUGCCAGUGAUCAUGGGACCUCCAGUUUUCCACUUGCAGCUGUGCAUCGAAUAGGGAUUUUAGACAUUAGGAUUUUUAACACAGACAGGCAUGCAGGAAACCUUUUAGUCAGAAAACUUGAUGGUGUUGGGAGGUUUGGUCAGGUGGAUCUUAUUCCUAUUGAUCAUGGCCUUUGCUUGCCAGAAACAUUGGAGGACCCAUACUUCGAGUGGAUUCAUUGGCCUCAAGCAUCAAUUUCAUUCUCAGAGGAUGAGCUCGAGUAUAUAGAAAAUCUUGACCCAGUUCAGGACUGUGAGAUGCUGCGGAGGGAGCUUCCCAUGAUUCGAGAUGGUUGUCUGAGGGUCUUGGUUCUCUGCACCAUUUUCCUCAAGGAGGCUGCUUCUUUCGGUCUCUGCCUUGCUGAAAUUGGCGAGAUGAUGAGUAGGGAAUUCCGUAGCGGUGAGGAGGAACCAAGUGAACUUGAGGUUGUUUGCAUAGAGGCAAGGAGGAUGCUAGCGGAGGAGGUGUUAUCCCCCAGAGAUGAUUCUAUAGAUGAGAACUUCCAAUUUGAUAUGGACUGUGAGGAACUAGAGUUGGACGUGACCCCAAAUAUGGUAGUAGAAGAUGGUAUGGCCAGAGCAUCAUUCCAAUCUGGAAUGGGUGGCAGUUCUUUUCGCUGUCCACUUUCUAAACUGGAGGAAAGCAUCGAGGAGGAGGAUGAGAAAAGUCAAGGAGAAGAAGAGCAAGAGGGAAUUGCAACUCUGCCAGGUCCUGAAAGGAUCCCAGCCAUUUCAAAGCUUUCCAUGUCGUUGAAGAAUACUGUUUUAUGGGAGAAGAAUCGAAAACACCCGAAAUAUACUGGAACAAAACUUGAGAAUUAUUCAGCAAAUACGUCCUCAGUGCAUAGGAGUGCAAAUGAGCAGCUUCCGGUAAGCAUGAGCUUCGUGAAGCUGGCAGACAUGAGGGAGGAUGAAUGGACUAUGUUUCUGGAGAAGUUUCAAGAGUUGCUGUACCCAGCACUUGCCAAACGGAAGUCUGUGACCCUGGGUCAGAAGCAGAGACAGAGACUUGGUACUUCGUGCCAGUUUUGAGUUUGAGAUACCUAUAGUUUCUUGACAGAGAGAAGACUAAAGAGCAAUAAAACUCGUGUGAGGAUAGGUUUGGUUUAUGGGUUUUCUUCCUCGCAAGAGUUGUAACUAGUUGGGAGCAACGGUAGUAGGGAGGGACUGCUGUAAAUAUUCUUGGCAUCAGCUGCUAAGUGGUGCGCUGAGUAGGAAUUGGUUGUAUUCCUUUGCUAAGUUUCUUUCUUUCUUUUUUUCACUCCUUGUGGACGGACAUGUUUGAUAAAUAACCUGUAUAGACUUGAAAUCCAAAAAAGAAAUUUAUGCAAA